CACGGCGACCAAUAUCAAUUUGUAUGUAUGGGAAGUUUGCAUUACUCAUUAACGUCAUAAAACUUGAUAAUCCGCGUUUGUGAGGGCGCCGGCGCGCCUCGUUUCAGUGAGUUCACGUGUCCCGGUCUGCCCGUUCGCGCUUGUGUCUUCGUGGUGUUAGUACAGGAGAAUGCAUCGGCGAACCGAUCGUGAAUGUACAUUUCUUAGCAAAAUAUUGUGACGGUGAUUUCUUGUUAGUGUAUGUGCGUCGUAAAACGACAGGGAUGUCUUCGUUGCAAUUCAGCUUCCCGCCGGAGAGCUACUCUGCUGUUUACACGAGUGACGGAGCGGCGCCUAAUGCGAAUAUUCCAGUUAACUGCAGCGUGUGUGAGGUCCACGAAAUCUCGAGGUCAGUCGGCGAAGAAGGGACGCGUGUCUCACUGUUUAGUUGUUUCAACUGUGCGUUUCGCAAUUCCAUCAAAGUUAUACGAAAAGAAAAGCACAAGAAAGAACUUAAUAGAGCAAAAAACAAGGCAUUCAACACGCGCCGCGUCGUAUGUGAACGUUGCCGCGUUGGUUGGUUCGAGUCAGAUAAGCGGGCAAGAGGCAGCCGAUGCCGGCGUUGGCAGAGACUGAUUGCCGUCGUGUGA